GUUUCUGACAUCAGUUCGUUUGAUCAAACUUUUUAAAAAGAUUUUAUGAGGUGUCCUGAAGCCCCGCCCCUCCCGUUGCCAUGGCGACGAGGUCAUCAUGCUGAGGAUAUGAGUCGGCAGUGACAGAUGAACCAGCAGCAGAAGCUCUGGGGUUUUGGUGUCAGUGUUUGUUCUGCAGCUCAGGGAUGAUGAAGAAGGCAAAGCAGAGUGCUGUCCCAGCGUCUGAGGAGCUGAUUCUGCGAGCGCUCAAAGAUCUUGGAGAUACUGAGCUGAAAGAGUUUAAAUGGUAUCUGCAAAAGUCGGAGGUUUUGGGAGACUUCCCAAUCAUCCCAAAGAGUCGAAUAGAUAAAGCAGACCGGACUGACACAGUGGAUCAGAUGAUACAGACCUACUGUGAAAGUACUCUGGAGGUGACCAAAAAGGUUUUAAGGAAGCUUGAGCGUAACGACCUUGUUCAGGUUCUGGCCGGCCAAAAUGGGGAACCAAUGUCAGAGGGUUUUGCUGACUGCCAGCAAAAUCUCAAGUCCAGGCUUUUGAAAAAGCUGCAAGGUUCAGUGGAAAAAUCCAAAAAGGGCGGAAAAUCAAAAGCUCAAGAGGAAAUCUUUAUAGAAAUGAACUUGACAAUAAAAGAAACCGAAGAAUUCAGCACAGAACAUGAGAUCAGGCAGAUUGAAUCCACAUCCAGGAAAACAGCCAAACCAGAAAAAACCAUCAGAUAUGAUGAUAUAUUUAAAAGCCACUCUAGAACAGGUAAACCAAUCAAAAUGGUGAUGACAACUGGAAUGGCCGGCAUUGGGAAAACAGUCCUGACGCAGAAAUUUACACAAAACUGGGCUGAAGACAAAGCCAACCAAGACUUCCACUUCACAUUUCCACUCAGCUUCAGAGAGCUGAAUGCUGUGAAAGACAAAAAGUUCAAGUUGGUUGAGCUUAUUCAACAGUUCUUUCCUGAAACCAGAGAGGUCGAUAUCUCCAACUCUAAGGAGUUCCGGGUCAUUGUCAUCCUUGAUGGUCUGGAUGAGAGUCGACUUCCACUGGACUUCAUUAAUAACAAGAAAGUCACUGACCCUAAAGAGUCUGCUCCAGUGGACGUGCUGCUGACAAGCAUCAUCCAAGGAACUCUGCUUCCCUCUGCAAACAUCUGGAUAACCACACGUCCUUCCGCUGCCAGCCAGAUCCCUGCCAAACAUGUAGACCUGGUGACUGAAGUUGCAGGGUUCAAUCAUGCUGAGAAACUGCAGUACUUCAGGAAGAAAUACAAAGAUGACAAACUGGUCAGCAAAAUCAUGCCUUACAUCAACGCAUCCCAAAGCCUGAAGACCUUGUGCAACAUGCCAGUUUGCUGUUGGAUCACUGCCACAGUCCUAGAAGACCUGCUGAAGAACAGAGAAGAAGAAGAACUCCCGAAGACUCUGGCUGAGCUCUACAUCAGAUUCUUGCUGGUCCAGUUCAGACAGAAGGCCGUAACAGAGGCAGAGACACAGUGGAAUCCGUCAUGCAAGGAAAAGAUUCUAGCUUUAGGAAAACUGGCUUUUGAGCAGUUGGAAAAAGGCAACCUUGUAUUCGACCAAUCAGACCUUAGAGCAUCUGGUAUCAAUAUUAAAUCGGUGUCAGUUUUCACUGGAAUGUUUCCUGAGAUCUUCAAGGAAGAAGGCGAGCAGGACCAGGCCACGGUGUUCUGCUUCACCCAUCUGAGCGUUCAGGAGUUCCUCGCUGCUCUGUACGUUCAUCUCACUUUCAUGACCUCACAGGUCAAUGUGCUCGAAGAAGUCCAGUCAAGUUGGAUUGUUAUGCUAGCGAGACGCAAAUCCAAUCCCUACAACACUGCUGUUGACAAAGCCUUGCAAAGUCCAAAAGGAGACCUGGACAUGUUUCUGCGCUUCCUCCUGGGUCUUUUGGUGCCGUCCAGCCAGAGUCUGUUAAAAGGUCUGGUCAAAGAAACUGAAAACAACACCCAGGUCAUCCAGGAGGCAAUCAAGUACAUCAAGGACAAGCUUGAUGCUGAGCUGCCUACAGAACAGAGCAUCAAUCUGCUUUACUGUCUGAAUGAACUUAAUGACAAUUCUCUGGUGGAGGAGAUCCAAAAGUUCAUGAGUUCAGGACGUCUUACUGUGGAUAAGUUGUCCUCUGCCCAGUGGUCUGCCUUGGUCUUCAUCUUACUGGCCGAAAAAGAAAUGGACAUGUUUGACCUGAAAACGUACUCGUCUUCAGAGGAGGCUUUUAUGCGAUUGCUUCCAGUGGUCAGAAUUGCAAAGAGGGUUUGUCUGAGUGCAUGUGACCUGUCACAGAAAGGUAUCGAAGUUCUGUCUUCGGUUCUCAGCUCCCAGGACUCCAUCCUGAAAGAGCUCGACCUGAGCUACAACAACCUGGGAGAUGCAGGAGUCGGCCAACUGGCUGUUGGACUGGAGAGCACAAACUGUUCACUUGAAACUCUCAGGCUGAGCGGCUGCAAGUUGACAUGGAGAGGUUGUGACACUCUGGCUGCAAUCAUCAGCUCCCAGUGUAGCCUGAGGGAGCUGGAUGUGAGCAACAACGAUCUGAUGGAUUCAGGAUUGCAGAGUUUGUCUGGGGGUCUGGAGAAUCCUCAGUGCAAACUGGAAACUCUCAGGAUCUCUGGCUGCCAGGUCACAGAGGAAGGCUGCCAUUAUCUGGUCACUGCGCUGAACGUAAAUCCGUCACAUUUGAGAGAGCUGGACCUGAGCUACAACAAUCCUGGACACACAGGAGUCAGUCUGCUGUCCAGCGGCGUGAAGCAUAAAAUGUGCAGACUAGAAACUCUCAAAGUGGAAAACUGUGGAGAACAGAGGAUGAAGUCGGGCUUAAAGAAGUAUGCUUGUGUGAUUGAAUUUGACCCGAACACGGCUCACAGGAACCUGCAGCUGUCAGAUGACAACAGGAAGGUGACUGUGGUGAGGGAGGAGCAGCCGUACCCUGAUCACCCAGAGCGCUUCGACUACUGCUGCUGGCAGGUGCUCUGCAGAAACCCGCUGACUGGCCGCAGCUACUGGGAGGUGAAGAGGGAGGGACCCGUGGUCAUCGCCGUGAGCUACAAGCGAAUCAGCAGGAAGGGGCCCACGGCCGACUGCAGGCUGGGCUGGAACGACCAGUGCUGGAGCCUGGUCUGCACCGAAAGGCAGUACUCCUUCUGGCACAACAAGAAGGAAACGGUUUACACCAUGCCGUACGCGUCCCUCAUGUCCUGCAGAGUAGGAGUUUAUGUAGACGUCCCUGCCGGCAUCAUGUCGUUCUACGCCGUCGCCUCUGAUGAAUUCUACCACCUCCACACCUUCCAGACCAGCUUCACAGCGCCGGUGUUCCCGGCCUUCGGGUUUGGGUUCGGGUACUGGUCCUACGACUCCUCCGUGUCUCUGUUCGAGGUGUAGCUGACUGAAAUAAGACGUUUGCUGCCAGAGCCGAAGGUCUUUUUGUUUUCUUUGAUUUAUGAUUUACCAAAACAAACAAAAGAACAACUCUGGUGUUAUGUGGAGUUUUCUUACUAAAGAAGUUAAAUUUGUUCAGGUGAGGGGUUGUUAAAAUAAAACGUUCUCUUUAAUCGUUUUUAAAACCUUGUUUGAAGUUAAUAUUUGUCAAUCGGCUCAAAUAACUUUCAAACCUUUUCAGUUUAUCUCACUAAUAAAACAAAGCUCAGCAGAAAAACUGUGAUGUUGGUGAUUUUAUGGAUUCAGACAGGAUUUGUUUAUUUCAAUAAACUUUAUGAAUUUUGUGCUUUAUG